AUGGGUGUAGCAUUGUCGUCUGUGCUGGAAUCGCUGCCGCUGGGCCGCGGUCCUGCAUCCGGGUCGGCGCCAGGACUCGUUCUGUUUGCUGACGCUGCGGAAGUGGAAGUCGCGCAACAGCCCCCACAGCAGCAGCAGCAGCAGCAGCAGCAGGCCGACGCUGAUGGCAAGCCCAAGAAUCCUGCCGUCCAGAGCACCCCCGAGCGAGCCCAGCAGAGCGAUCGCACCGAGCCGCCAACGCAGAAUGACAAUGACGUGGCUGGGCGAGAUCUCGAGUUGCGAGUUGUUACCGACCCUGCCGCUGGGACUUCGGACGCCGUCUCUCGUGUGGCUGCCGUGGACGACGACCACAGACCUUCUCCGUAUGAUGCAGAGCAAGUUGAGUCAGUGUUCGAGCCUCCAAAGCUAUUGCCGUCGGACGCAUCGACGAGGUCUGGCUCGUCGCCUCCUUCUCCUCCUCCGACGGACAUGGAACAGACCCUGGUAUUGCAGGAGCUCGGUGCGUUGGCAAAAGAGUUGGAGCUGGAAAUCCAAACCAAGACCGGCGAAACCGAUCCCGUCAAAUUGCAACGAGCGCACCUGAUUGGAGAAUUUCUGUUAACUCAGCAAUCUAUUCGCAGCGACAACGAUGCGGCGAGUGACGCGCCGUCUGCGAUUGAAGGGCAAGACGAGUUGGCCGCCAUGCGGCGACGCCUUGCACGGCUCGAGCUUCUGCGACGCUUGGUGGAGUCGUUCACGCUGGAUCAGAUCGUGGCGACUUACGCAAACGACAUCGAUGCCCUGACCAAGCUCUCCGCUGCCCCUGAAGGCUUGGCGGUUGAGGAUGUGCAGCAGCAAAACGUAGAAGUCGGCAAAGUGACAGCUGAUUCCGCGCCACCCGAAACCCCUGCCGCCUCCCAAAACCUUGCAUCUGACACAUCGCUGGACGCUCAGUUCCACCUUGCGAAUGCAAUGGUCAACAAAACAGGCGCGAGUGCGCGAGACAUUAACCAAGGGUACACACAACUCGCUGAGCUUGCCAAGCUUGGGCACCGUGGCGCGCAAGCCGCAGUCGCCCGUGUCCAUUUGUUCGGCCACCCACAAGUGACUGUCCUGGAACACAACGUCCCGAAAGCGGUCGAGAUGUACAAGGCUUUGGCAGAACAGGGAGACGCCGAAGGACACUUUGGACUUGGCUUCUUGCAUUCCAUCGGUGUGGGCGGUAUCACUGCGAGUCAAGCUGUGGCACUGGUUCACUACACGUUCGCCGCACUCGGGGGCAACCCGCAGGCCCAGAUGGCGCUUGGAUUCCGAUACAUGUUUGGCGUUGGCGUCGAGGCCAGCUGUGAAACGGCGGUGGAGUUUUACAAGCAGGUUGCCGAACGAGUGGCGCACGAGUCUUCCAUCGUUCGGAACUACCAAAUGAAGGAGCGUCACCGACUCUCAGCGACUGAAAACGAAAAGUCGUUCAUGUCCUCGGAUUUCGUUCAGUACUAUCAGUACAAUGCCGAGCGAGGCGAUGUGACCGCGCAGGGAAUUCUUGGACAGAUUUACUAUCAGGGCCACGGAGUUCCGCAGUCGUUCGAGCUGGCUCGACGCUACUUUGAGAUGGCUGCAGCGAAUGGGGACAUUACUUCCAAAGCCCAUCUGGGCCAAAUGCACUUCCUGGGUCAAGGAGUGCCGCAGAACAAUGUGACUGCCCUCAAGUACUUCCGCGAAGCGUCUGCAAAGGUAUGGAAAUCCGAUGGCAACGACGGGUAUGGGUGUCAUGAGCCAACGACGGGUAUGGGUGUCAUGAGCCUGUACGGCUAUGUGCUCGCCAAGGACACGAGCAUGGCUCUGCAGUACUUUCAGCAAGCCGCCGAGACGGGAUUUGCCGAGGCCCAGCUGCAUCUUGGCAACCUGUACUUCCGCAACGUUCUCGCCAUUUACAAUCUCGGUGUUUUGUACCAUGCCGGUGUCGGCACUGCCACCGCGUCGUGCGACAUGGCUAUUGCGAUGUACAAGAACGUGGCCGAGCGCGGCAGGAGUAGCGAUGUUCUGGAAGACGCACAAGCGCUCCACUCCAAGGGCCGCGAGUCUGAAGCGUUCCUUUCCUUUGCGCUGGCGUCUGAGAUUGGAUUUGAGAUUGCGCAGAGCAAUGCGGCCUUCUUGAUUGAGAGUGACACUUUGGAAGAGGACUACUUCCGCGACGAUGCUGCAGAAGCACGAGCGUUCAUGCUCUACCGUCGCUCGGCAUUGCAAGGGAACGGCGAAUCUCGUGUCAAAGUCGGUGACUUUUACUACCACGGCCAGGGCGUCGGCGAGGACUUGGCAAUGGCAGCAACGCAGUACCGCUUGGCAGCAGAGCAGCAGCACAAUCCGCAGGCCAUGUUCAACAUUGGCUACAUGUACGAGAAUGGCAUUGGCCUGCCCAAAGACUUCCAUCUUGCCAAACGCUACUAUGAUUUGGCACUGUCCAAGAACGAAGAUGCCUUCUAUCCAGCCACGUUGGCGCUUGGCAAGCUGUACAUUCAUUAUUUGGUGGACUCUGCUCGCGGCUUGUGGACAAAGGGCAACCCUUUCGUCUCUGCCUCGGCUGACAAGGCACCGAGCACGACUCAGCGCGCUGGACAACAAGUGCAGGAACGAUCGCGGCAGAUGUUGCAGCAGACCCGUCAACGGCUGGUCGAAUUUGUACAGUGGCUCAAAACGUCGACAGAUUCUGCAGACACUGAGGCAAACUUGUUUAGCGCUGCGCUGUUUGUUUUGAUCGUGACUAUGAUUAUUCGGUGGCGCGCACGCAAUGCUGUUGUUGUUGUGCGAUGA